AUGAAGCUCUCAAUCUGUUUGUUUAUUUUAAUAAUCGCCGCAGAAGAAGUAAUUCUGGAUAUGGAAAUAUCCGUUUUAACCCAUUUUGUUGUAGACUUGGUUAAAACCCAGCACGCAAUCUUGUUUUUAUGUUCACUCAAAGAUUUCGAAGCAUCGGCUCCAGCAUUGAUGGAGAGAAAUCAAUUUGUGAGUGUCGUACAUUUCAACCAAUCUUAUUCUCUUUCGUCUAUAUUGACAAGAGAAAACCAUGCUCGAACUUCUGUUUUGGUGAAUGCCAGAUGUAGUGGCACAUCUGAACUCCUUUUUGAAGCCUCUGAAAAUAGGUACUUUAACAAAACCUAUCAAUGGUUCCUCUGGGGAGUUGACAUAGAGGUUGAAACUUUAUUUCCCUAUAAGCUAAAAUAUGUUGGUCCAAACGCUCAGAUAACAUAUGUCAAUAAAUCCGACAAAGGUUACGCAUAUUGGGAUAUUCAUUCCAAGGGGCGACAUUUAAAAUCGCCGUUGGAAAUUAAUUUCAUAGCAACACUAACGAAUGAUACAUUGAAUAUAGCUCGAGACAUUUUUCUUUUGCAAAGUAUUGAUUUUCGCGGACAAUUUAAUGGAAUUACCCUGAGAGGAGCGAGUGUUAUCGAUAAAGAGGACAUAAUAUCGAACGAACAAAUUGAAUCCAUUCUGUCGCGACCCACAAAGGAUGCUGGUGUGGCUGCGUUUAUAAAGUAUCACUACGAACUUCUGGGACUUUUAAGGGACCGUUUCAAUUUCACUGUUAACUUUCGGAAUUCCAGGGGAUGGGCCGGUCGGUUGGGGAAUAGUACCUUUCGGCUUGGUCUUUUGGGAAUAGUAAUGCGAAACGAGGCAGAUAUAGCCGCAUCUGGGGCUUUCAAUCGAAUCAAUCGUUUCGCAGAGUUUGAUAUAAUUCAUCAAAGUUGGAAAUUUGAGACUGCAUUUCUAUACCGCUAUACUCCUGAUUUGGACACUCAUGGAAAAAGUGGAAACUUUCUGUCGCCAUUCAGCGACAGAGUAUGGUUCUUCUCUCUAUUAACCCUGGCUGCUUUCUGCAUAACUUGGAUCAUAUUUGAAAUUAUAGACAUAAACAUUUUUUUUCAUAGAGGAGAUAGCUCUCAAAAACAAGAAGGAUUAAAUCGGAAACUUGAAAAUGAACUGAAUGCUAAGAAAGGUAAACUUUGCCUUAAAACGACUUGCAUCGAGCGAGUUCUGCAGACUUUUGGAGCCUGUUGUCAACAGGGAUUGGAUCCGAAUCCAAGGGAUCGAUCUGUGCGUUUUCUCGUAAUGACCUUAUUUCUGUUCUCUCUUGUAAUGUACAACUAUUAUACGUCUUCUGUGGUGGGAGGAUUGCUCAGCUCUUCAGAUCAAGGUCCAGCUACUGUUGAUGAAAUAACUUCUAGUCCCCUGAAAAUAUCGUUUGAGGACAUAGGCUACUAUAAAGUUUUAUUUCGAGAAAGUCAAAAUCGAUCGAUUACAAGACUAAUUGAGAAAAAACUGUCUUCUUCAAGGAGUCCAAAUGAAUUACCAAUUUUUAGUCAUAUUGAGGAAGCUGUUCCAUACCUUAAAACAGGCGGAUUCGCGUUUCACUGUGAAGUUGUUGACGCUUACCCAGUUAUUGCAGAACUUUUCGAUGCUAAUGAGAUUUGUGAUUUGCGGGAAGUCUCUGGUCUAAUGGAAGUGGAAAUAUUGAACUGGAUUUUACAUAAGAACAGCCAGUAUACGGAAAUUUUUCGAACAGCAAUGUGUAAUGCCCAGGAAAAAGGAUUUGUGGAACGUAUACUUCGACGCCGCCAAAUCAAAAAACCCGCCUGUCAAUCACUAUACACUGUUUAUCCUGUAAGCUUAUCAGGUGUGCUACCAGCAUUUGUCAUCUUGAUCAGUGGAUACCUAAUUUCCCUGCUGCUUUUGUGUAUAGAAAAAUUGUAUGUGUAUCUGAACUUGGCGAAAUUAUGGGGUUUCUAA